CGUAGCGCCCGGCUGCGCGGCGUCAUGGCGGCCGCGCUGUCCGGCUCCGCGGGCCGGCGGCCGUGCCGGGCCCCGAGGCGGCCGCUGGCGCUGGCCCCGGCGCUGCUGGCCGUGGCGGCCGGGCUGUUGCUGAGCGGCCUGGCGGGCGCGAUCCCGACCCCGCCGCCCGGCUCGGGGCGCGCGCAGUUCGCGGAGGCCUCCCGCAGCCGCUCGGUGGUCCUGGACGAGCAGAGCGGGCAGCUGAAGGUGGUGGACGGCCGCGCCCCCGAGGCCGUGGCCUGGGCGAACCUCACCAACGCCAUCCGCGAGACGGGGUGGGCCCUGCUGGAGGUGCACACGAAUGGCCGCUUCAACGACAGCCUGCAGGCCUACGCCGCGGGGGUGGUGGAGGCCUCCGUAUCCCAGGAGCUUAUCUACAUGCACUGGAUGAACACGGUGGUGAAUUACUGCGGCCCCUUCGAGUACGAAGUCGAUUACUGCGAGAAGCUCAAGCGCUUCCUGGACAUCAACCUGGUGUGGAUGCAGGAGAUGAUGAACCUGCAGGAGGCCUCCGUGUACUGGCACCAGGUGCAGCUGAUCCUGCUGCAGCUGAAGGGCCUGGAGGACAGCUACGCGGGCAGCGUGAGGUUCCCCACGGGAAAGUUCUUCCUCAAGCCCUUGGGGUUCCUCCUGCUGCAGAUCUCGGGGGACCUGGAGGACUUGGAGGUGGCGCUGAACAAGACGCGGACCCAGCGCGUGCUGGGCUCGGGCUCCUGCUCAGCGCUCAUCAAGCUGCUGCCAGGCCGCCGGGACCUGCUGGUGGCCCACAAUACCUGGAGCUCCUACCAGCACAUGCUGCGCGUCAUCAAGAAGUACCACUUCUCCUUCCGGGAGGGCCCCCGAGAGGACUCUCCCCUGGUUCCUGGCAACACGCUGGUCUUCUCGUCCUACCCUGGCACUCUCUUCUCCUGCGAUGACUUCUACAUCACAAACAGGCAGCUGGUGACCCUGGAGACGACCAUCGGCAACAGGAACCCGGACCUGUGGCGGUUGGUGCAGCCCCGGGGCUCGGUGCUCGAGUGGCUCCGCAGCAUGGUGGCCAACCGGCUGGCCGUCGACGGGCCGUCCUGGGCGGACAUCUUCAAGAAUUUCAACAGUGGCACGUACAACAACCAGUGGAUGAUCGUGGACUACAAGGCCUUUGUGCCCGGCUCGGACAGGCCCCGGGGUGGGCUGCUCACCGUCCUCGAGCAGCUCCCGGGCAUGGUGCUCGUGGCCGACAGGACCGCACAGCUCUACAACGAGACCUACUGGGCCAGCUACAACAUCCCGGCCUUCGAGACCGUGUUCAAUGCCAGCGGGCUGCAGGACCUCGUGACCCUCUAUGGCGACUGGUUCUCCUACGACAGGAACCCGCGCGCCCAGAUCUUCCGGCGGGACCACUGCACCGUGCAGGACGUGUCCUCCAUGCUCCGGCUCCUCAGGUACAACAAUUACCUGCACGACCCGCUGUCGCUCUGCAGCAACUGCACCCCGCAGCCCAACGCUGAGAACGCCAUCUCGGCCCGCUCGGACCUCAACCAGCCCAACGGCUCCUACCCCUUCCAGGCCCUGCAGCAGCGCCUGCACGGGGGCAUCGACACCAAGGUGACUAGCAUGGGCCUGGCCCAGAACCUACGCAUGGUGGCCGUCAGCGGCCCGACGUGGGACCAGGUGCCCCCGUUCCAGUGGAGCACCUCGGCCUUCGGUCACCUGCUGCACAUGGGCCAGCCCGACCUCUGGAAGUUCAUGCCAGUGGAGGUCGUGUGGGACUGAGCCAGAGACUGCCUGGGCCACUCCGCCACCCACGAGUCUCCGGCCUCGCCCCGUCCCGGCCCACCUCCAGGGUGGAGCCCCGCCCUCAAGCUUUAGCUCCGCCCCCGGGUUUUAGCCCCGCCCUCAAGCUUUAGCUCCGCCCAGGGCCUUGGCCCCGCCCUGGAGCCUUAGCUCCGCCCCUGGGUCUUGGCCCCGCCUCGGGUUGGCUCCGCCCCAGGCUCUAGCCCCGCCUCUGGGUUUGACUCCACCCCUGGGUCCACCCCCCAGGGCUUCAAUCCCUCCUCCCGCCCUCCCCCAGGCCCCAUGGAUUUUGCGCCCUGCUCUGUCUAGCUGGCCCCUGGGUCUGCCAGGUUCACCUUCCUCAGGGCUCUCUCUUACGGGUGGGCUCGGAACCCAGGGGGGUCAGAGAUGUCUCCCCCAGAUGGGUGAGUACUACCCCGAGUCUGCCUCCCUCCUCCUCUCCUCUCCCUCCCUGCUUUGUCUCUCCACCCUCCGGACCCGGUCUUCACUCUGAGGCCUUGAGAAGGGCCCUGGCCCUGCUCUGGGUCCCAGCGGGGCAGAGGAGCUGGUCCCUGUCUCCCUGCUGCGGUCCUGCAGUGGGUGGCGGGCAUCAGCCCCCAGACUUGGGCGCUGCUUCUCUAAGGCCUCAUUCCUCUGAGCCCACCCACCCCCGGGAUAGCGGGACCCCCGCUCCCGUCAGCUUCCUAAGGACAGGAGCUUGACAACAAACACAAACCAAAGUUUCUGGCAACUGGUGUGGGGGGGGCUUGAGUGGCCUUCUCUCCCUGGGGGCGGACAGGUGUGUCUGCCCCCGUGUCCAGCCUCACGCCCUCUGGCCCCCCAUCAGGACCUGCCCUGGCCUCGGGCAGUGCCCACUGAGUCGCAGACUGUGCCGCCAUUAAAGGAGAGGCCGUAGCCCUGUGCUGUGCU